CUUACCACCAUCUGCCUUGCCACCUUCGUUCUUAUCAGACACCAGAAUGAAGUCUCUUCUCUUGGCCGUGUUGCUGGGGCUGUUCGCGGCUCGCCCUGCUUCGUCCGUGGUUCGAAUCCGUCCCGAGGCGCCGGUUCCCCUCGAGUGGCCAUGUCCGGCAGCCCCGGACAUUUCACCUUGUCUCUGUGAGGCGGAUGCAAAUCUGAACCUGAAUUUAGACUGUUCAGGUGUGAUAAAUGAUGCCGAACUACAGCGAGUAUUUUCGGCUCUGUUUCCAUUCGAUGAUUUUCAGAGUUUCACUAUCGUUCAAAACAGAGCGGAUAAUAACGACAUCAGAAACCUCGAUUCAGGUGUCUUUGCGGACAUUACUUUCGAGUACGUGAACAUCACUGGCACCAAAAUCCAAACUAUUAGCGAAAAUGUUUUCCUAAAAUCCCACGACAGGCUUAAACAUCUCGUGUUGUCUGGUAAUUCAAUUAGCGAUUUUCCAUUUGAAACUCUACCAUCUUUCAUGAAGCUUGACACACUUUUCAUGGACGACAAUAUGAUAAGUCUACUCCCAGAUCUAGAAUCGCAGUCCUUGAAAUUUUUCAGUAUAAAUGAUAAUGCAAAUCUGAAAUUCGAAACAAUUGUGUUCGCAAGCGUUCCGAAUCUGCAGUUGAUUUCCAUGACGAACAUCGGCCUCCAGACUCUUUCACCGGGGAUGUUCACAGAGCAAGUGAAUCUCACAACCCUCAGGCUGGAUAACAAUUUAUUAACGGAACUGGAAGAAAACGCUAUUAUACCCUUAAACCCGCGAUUCCAAGAACUCUCGCUUGCUUCUAACCGUAUCAGUGAGGUCACGCACGAUGCCAUACACGGGUUGGUCGAUAACUCCCACGUGUCCUUCGUUGGAAAUAAUAUCCAAACACUCCCAGUUGAUAUCUGGAGAGGCAUCUUCAGCCAAGUGGAGCCAAACGGAAUCAUUGACUUGAGCGGCAAUCCUCUGGAAUGCGGCUGUGACCUCAAGUGGCUUGUUGUUGACUACGCAAGCCAGUACCUGGAUUUGUUGUCGCGCGAAACAGCUUGCAACAGCGGAGAAUUCGUUGUUGACUUGAAUCCCAGCUACUUCGACAAAUUUUGCUGAUGAUCGAAGCCGUUUUCUUGUGCGGCUGUUUUUGUUUGGUUUGAACAAUGGUUUGGUAAUUU